AUUCCACCCUAGUGACCAGCCCUGCCUCUCGGGGGCCUGGGGACCACUCCGUGGAGAUGUGUCCCAUGCCCUUUGAGGACACCAGGAUGCUCCUGGUGGUGGCCUACAGCGUGGUGUGUGCCCUGGGCCUGCCGGCCAACUGCCUGACCGGCUGGCUGACCCUGCUACAGGUGCUGCAGGGCAGUGUGCUGUCCGUCUACCUGUUCUGCCUGGCGCUCUGCGAGCUGUUCUACAUCAGCACCCUGCCGUUCUGGGUCAUCUACAUCCACAACCAGCACCGCUGGACCCUGGGCCCGUGGGCCUGCAAGGUGGUUGCCUACAUCUUCUUCUGCAACAUCUACACCAGCAUCCUCCUGCUCUGCUGCGUCUCCUGCGACCGCUUCGCCGCAGUGGUGUACGCCCUGGAGAGCAGAGGCCACCGCCACCAGAGGACGGCCGCCUUCAUCUGCGGGUCCAUCUUCCUCCUCGUCGGGCUUGUCCAUUCCCCGGUGUUUCAGAUGGAGCUCGUGAGGGACUCCUGCUUUGAGCCCCCGCAGAUGAACGGGAGGAUCGCGGCCUUCCACUACGCACGCUUUACCGUCGGGUUUGCUCUUCCAUUUGGCAUCAUCACCUUCACCAAUCACCGCAUCUUCAGGAGCGUCCAGUUGAGCGAGGGCCUGAGCGCCGCCCAGAAAGCCAAAGUGAAGCACUUGGCCAUCUCCGUGGUGGCCAUCUUCCUGGUCUGCUUCUCCCCCUACCACAUGGUGCUCCUUGUCAGGGCUGCCGCCUUCUCCUUCCACAGAGGAGACAGAGACGCCUUGUGUGCCCUGGAGGGCAGCCUGUACACCGUCACCAUGGUGUUCCUGUGCCUGUCAACUGUCAACAGCGUGGCUGACCCCGUGAUCUAUGUACUGGCCACAGACCAUUCCAAGCAAGAAGUGUCUAGGCUCUGCCGGGGGUGGAAGAAGUGGUCCACAGGGACAGGCACCACCAGGCUGCCCCAGACGCCAAGCUCACCCACGACACCGGCCCAGGCCCGCGCCGUCCCUUGGCCCGCCCACCCAGCGCGGCCACAGGCAGCCCCCAGGGACUCAUCCUGCUCCCCAGAGAGGCUGGCCGAGGAGUCCUGCUGAGA